AUGUCAUCCCUCAAUCUCCACAUAGAUGAAAACGAUCCAGACGUUAAAGAUGUGUGCGGUCGCUACUCACGGUGGAAAGCUUUCUGCAUCCUUAAACGGUAUCUUGAACCUGAUGGGGACCUUUCGCUAGAACAGGCCGCGCAAUUGAUUACAAGGAUGCUUCCCACUUCAGCCGAAAGCAACAAUUAUUAUAUUAAUGUUAUACUUGGGCAUGAUGCUAUAGACGUGGCCCAACAAAUCCAUUAUUCCAAUCCGGCUCAGGCCCGCCUAGUACGACUCCUAGAAAGGUUGCAAAUAUCGCAAAAAUUGAUAGGGCUCGACAAUGGUGAACUGCAUGAGCAAUAUGUCUCUCUCUCUGGCGUGGUUCAAUUCUCAAUCGUCUUAUACGAGCGAUACAACUUUACAGAAUCCAUUACAGCUGACGAAGAGGGGCACUAUGUCAACAGCCUAGCCUUCUUCGCCCGGCUUUGUACCAGUGGUCUAUGGAACAGCGUACAUCAUGCAGUCUGGACCAUGAGAGAGAAUCUUGAAGAGGGCCGUUCGGAAGAUAUCUAUAGUGAGUGUAUUUGUGGGUCUGCCGUCUGGAUCCUAUGCGCUGGUCAAUGGCUUUUUAAUCAGGUUGUCCGGGAACCAAUAGAGAUCGAUAAUGGCGAUAGAUCCCUACAGGGUGGUCGCCUCUAUACUGGUCCUGAACUGGGCAUGGAGAGAUGGAAUUUCUGGCAAACGACCUUUGCAGCGGCCGUGGAGGGUGACAAAGCGAACGAUGAAGCCAAGGCCCUGGCUCGCAAGUGUGUUAAUGUUAUGGAAUGUCUUGCGCGGGAUGCCAUGUGGUGA